AUGGUAUAUAUCAAAGUUAAACACUCGGAAAAGGACAUGUUCAUGUUCGAGGCACAUUAUGAGACAGAUCUAGAUACAGUCAUUCGGGGGGUUGCCUCCAUUAACAAUUUGAGGGUUCGGCUGAAGAAUUUAGUCUCUGAAUUAAAACGAUUGAAAGAAAAAGGACCUGUACUACCUGAGAGGUCGUUGGAUGAAAUGCCCAAAAUUGAAGAAUUGUCACUGAACGACGACGAGGAGGAUGAAGCCAAACAAAAUUCCGAGCCAUGUUAUGGAUCACCAAUUUCAGAUCCCAAUCUAGUUUCCACUGUAAAUAAGGUCAUCGAAGAAGCAGAGCAUGUGUUGAGCGCAGAGAAGGCAAACCAAAAAAUCUCAGUCUCUGAACAUGAUUUACUCGAGUGUAUCAUGAAGGUUAAGGGAGUAAUUGCAAUGGCAUACCCUAUGGGAUUACCAAGUACUGAUCCCAUUUUGAAAAUCUUAGAUGAAAAAUUUGUUACUAAAGAAAUGUACGAUCCUGAGACCUGUACCAUGUGGUUCUGUGGAAAGGAGUUCCCAAGAAAUACAAAAUUAAUGGACAACAAAUCGAUUGGAAGAAAUGACAAGACUCAAAUAAUCGCAAAGCUAGCAAAGAAAGGUUCUGGAGCACCUCCACGAGAACAACCAGUUUCUGAGGAAGAUCAAAAACGUCUCAUGGCCUACUAUUAUAAAAAACAAGAGGAACAAAAAAAGCUAUUAGAGGAUGAAGAUUUAGCAUUUACUUCCGAUCGAAAGCCACCAUCUACCACAUCAUCCCCACACAAGAGUUCAGCACACUCCAGUACUUCCUCCUCCAUUAAUGCCAAGAAGGAGUCGAAUAGCGGUAGUAGUAGUACUACUGAAUUAGAACUCCCGAUGAAGGGCCUACUUCAGAGGAAUAACCACAACCUGUUGAGCACUCCUAAAAACCAUCAUCAACAACAACAAAAACGGUUAUUGGAUUCUGUGGAUCAAAGUUCUUGUAAGCAAAUGAUCAGCAUCCAUAACAAGGACUAUGACGAUGAUGAUCAUUCAUCAGUUUAUUCCUUCGAUUCCAUCUUGCCGUCGCCUCCGUCCAUAACGGUUCAACAAAUUGAAAAAAAUGUUUUUGACAAUGAUGAGCCUUUUUCGACCAAUGCGAUGAAUAUUCAUCAUUCACGAUCGUUCAUGAGCUCAAACCACUCAAAACGCAAUUUAAAUCAUGAUAUUAAAUUGUCUCAAGAACAAGGAUCAGAUGAAGAGUCUGAUGAUGACUCGGACGAUGAAUUGAGAUUAUUUUCAAUGAAGAAAUCGAAAAAGAAAAUUGAAUCAAACAAGAAGAGAAAGGUUUCCCAGCCCAAUGUCUGUUUAACAAAAUUUGAGAAAUUAGAGGCUGAUAACACAACAUCAGAUGGCAAUGAAAUCAAAUUAGUCAACCCAUCUCUUGUUGUAACACAACAACAAAUGAAUACAAAAGAAGAACAAGCUUCAAAAAUCUCCCAUGAAAUUCAAGAAUGUGGCGUUGAAAACACACCUCUAGAACAAUCUAAACCGUUGAAAGGAACAGCUUCAGAACUGGUUCUCGGCGAUAUCACAUCGCAUGAUAAUAUUGAUACACUGCAAGAACCGUUGAUGGAUGAGGAAUUUAUUGUGUCACUCACUCCAGAAUUGGAGGAGCAGCAGGCAGUGACAGCCGAACAAGAAGAGACUCUAUCAACAGUUAACAAUGUCAUGAACAACAAUAAUGCCAUAAAUUUCACACAAGCUCAACACGAAAAUACUGGAACGGAUGACGCCACUACUGUUACAGCUGAUGUACAUCCUAUUGAGGACAUUUUAGAUUUAGAGUUUAAUGAUGAAUUACAUUCACCAACACAACAGCUCUUUGAAAAACAAACUAUUUCCGAAGACGAGGACACAAACAUUGAGGUAAUUGUACCAAAGAAAAUGAUUGAUGCUUGCACACAAACAGACAAAGUGUACAUUCCCUCAUAUUCCGUACGAAACGAUGCAGGAGACAAAAACAAUAUUUGUUCCAUUUGCCUGCACGCAUGGAGUUCGACUGGCCUUCAUCAAGUUUGUUGCUUAGGAUGUGGACAUUUAUUUGGCAAAAAUUGUAUUGAGAAAUGGCUGAAAAAGAACUCCACGUGCCCAAAGUGUAAAAAACAAGCAGACAGAUCCAACAUUCGUCUCCUCUAUAUUGACAAUAUUUCUGCAGUCGAUAGUCAAAGAUUGGAUCAACUCGAAAAGCAGCUAGAACAAGAAGCCCACCUUCGCAAAACUCUUGAAACCAUGAAGAAUGGUUUGGAACUACGAGUGAAAAUGCUGAUGGAGCAAUUAGGUCAGUCAGGAUCUGCUGUCAUUCAGACAUCGUCUGUGGAUUCUAAUUCAGAACAAAAAGAGGCAGAUCAACGAAAAUCGCUAAUUCAACGCUCUCUAGAGCUUGCAGAAAGAAAAAAACGAGACCACAUACUGAAUGACACUGAAGGAAGCAGAGUGAUUCAAAGCUCAAAAUCUAAGAAGAAUCAAUUUCCAAGAAAACGUUCAGGAACAAGCCCAAAACAAUUAUUCCAACUUCCUUUAGAAAACAGCUCUCUCAUUGAGCUCUCGAAUCCUUCUCUAGAUUCAAAGGCUGCAUCACUCCUGGUGAGUUUUGAGAGUAGAGACAAAACCUGUGGCUUUUAUUCCUUUACAAAUAUUGACCAGCUGGCACAAAAACCAUCAUUACUACUGCAAAGCAAAAAAAUUGUACAUAACUCCCCUCUAACCUGUAUCAAAGCUCAUUAUCUGCUGAAUAUUGAUGGUACUACGAACAAUUUUGACGGAUACUCUGUGAAUGUCAACUCGUCCAAUACUCAUCUAAUUCUAACUUCUUCUUUAGAUAAGACUGUUCGAAUAACUGAUUCGAGACAAUCAGGAAUGUCUAACUCGGUAUGCUUUUGCCCCUACCUAACAUCAGCAACAGAAUUAGAAUAUGAGUCCAUCACAUGUUGUGAAUGGAACAGGUCCAAUGCAAAUUAUUGUUUUGCAAGUCUGUCCAACGGCUCAAUUUUAUGCUACGAUAUAAGGAAACCUUCUGAGCCAUUCCUGAUUACUGGUGAUAAGUCUUACACACAACUACAUUCCAUGUUUCACGUUCCCAACGUUGGAUUGAUCGUUGCAAACUCUCAAUCCAUUCGAUGUUAUGAUGAAAACUAUAGUGGAUACACAAAAUCCUAUCACUUAUUUUCUGGAAACAUUACAUCGCUUCGAUUCAACCAUGUCACAAAUACUUGCAUGUUUGUUGGAAAAGAAAAUGCAAAACAAAGCUCUAUUCAAUUCUUUAAACUGAAUGACAAGAUUCAAGCAAUUUGUACAGAUACUUUGGAUAUUAGUCACAAAGAGGAACUUCUCAAUAGACCUGUCUUUAUUUCUAGCCACAAAAAUAACACUCUGGCCAUACCAAAGCCAAACGAUCAUUGUGUGGAAAUCUAUCGUUCAUAUGGAGACAAGGAAUUGCAACUUUUCACAGAGAUUGUUGAAAACGAUAAUAAUUCUCCAAUCCAAAACGUUUCACUUUUUGACAAUGACGUUUUUGUUCUCACUACUCAACAUCUUUCCAUGUAUCACAUCUAA